ACAAUUUGUCUCUGUGAAGCCUUGCCUCUACGUUCAGAACUGGUCUCUUUACUUACAAUGGCUUUGAAGAUUCUCAGAAGAAGCUUUCACCAUCUGCCGAAUCUGGCCUCCCAUUUUCGAGUAGCAUCACAUCCUUUGUCGUCUAGAUUUUCCAGCAGCGAAACUGGAAAGGAUUCAGGUUUGAGUGGUUGUUCUAUAGAAACUGUGGAUGAUGCUGCUUGGGAUGUCUCAUCAUCUAUAUCUCAAGUCUGGAGAGAGUUUCGAGCAGAGUCUGCAAAAAGCUCUUCCUUUACUACACAAGGAGGAGAAACCCUCGUGCCUGAUCUUGAUCACGAUGAAAUCGACAAUAUGAGAAUCCGCGGUGAUCUUUUCUACAAGCUUGAUCGAGGGUCAAAGGAGUUCGAGGAAUACAACUAUGACUUCCACCGCAAGAACCAUCACCAGAAAACCAAGAACAACCAAGAAGAAACAAAGAUGAAGAAGGAGGCAGCAGAGAGUAAUCAAGAAGUUCGCGAGGAAUACAAGAAGAGAAAUGCGCCAAGGAUCAACACCAUCACUGGUGAAACGGAUCAUGUUAAUGCAGCUGCGAAGAAGAGAGAGCGAACGCUUACGUUUAACCAGCUCACUGCUCCUUAUCACUACCCGUUUUGCUUAGACAUUUACAUCUCAAAGGCCUCCGUUCGAGCAUGUGUGAUUCACAGGGUGACUAGUAAAGUUGUUACUGUGGCUCAUUCCAUUUCAAAAGACAUGAAGUUCGAUCUUGGUUCGACUAGGAACGCAGUGGCUUGCGCUGCGGUUGGGACAGUUCUUGCUCAGAGAAGUUUGGAAGAUGACAUACAUGACGUUAUAUAUACGCCUAGGAAAGGAGAUAAAGUGGAAGGUAAGCUUCAGGUUGUUCUUCAAGCUAUUAUUGAUAAUGGUGUUAAUGUUAAAGUGAAGCUUAAGCAGAGGAAACUCAAGAAGAAGACUAGUCAUCAUCAAGCAAUGCCCUAUACCUAAAAUCUUUGCUAUUACUUUUUAUCUUCUUUUAUGCUGCCUUAUCAAGACAAGAGCAUGUUGUGUUGUUUUAUCUUUCGAUAAUGUCACUCUUCAAAAGAUAUAUCUGGAAAAUUGAAAAUCAUUUAGACAA